GCUGCGUUUUGCACUGCGCCACGCUGUGCGCACCUGUGGAAAUGCCUCCUGACCCGGCUGUGGCAGGUGGAGACACCUCCGCCAGUGGCCUGGCCCUUGCCGCCUGGAGGGCCCUGACAUUGGGAGGGGGCUUGGCUUAGCUCAGCCCGGCUCCUGGGAGCCGGUGGGAGCUUGGCUGAGCUCUUCCUCCCUCUGCCUGCUGCCUGCUCUCCACUCCUCAGGCAAAAAGGUUGCUCAAGGAGACUCCAGGAUUUGGGGUCUGCCUCAUCAUCGCUGCCGCCAGGAGUCUUUCCCUCUGGCUGACUUGCCAGAGCUCCCGUCAGUCCUCGCAGUGCCUCUGGAAGAAGGGGAAGGCAGCCGAGGGAUCCUGGCUGCACCGAGCCCAGCAUCUUGCUUCCUGCAUCUGCUGCACCAUGAAAAUCAUGCUUUGUGAUCUCCUGCUGCUCAGCCUCCUCUCCAGCGUGUUCAGCAGUUGUCCGAGGGACUGUCUCACCUGCCGGGAGAAGCUCCGCCCAGCUCUGGACGGCUUCAACCUGGAGGUGUGCAUUUUCGAGUGUGAAGAGAAGAUCUUCCCCAGCCCUCUCUGGACUCCAUGCACCAAGAUCAUGGCCAGGGGCCCCUGGCAGCUCAGCCCUGCUGACCCAGAGCACGUGACCGCUGCUCUUUACCACCCAAGAGCCUCGGAGAUGCAGCACCUGAAGCGGAUGCCCCGUGUCCGGAGCCUGUCCCAAGCACAGAAAGAGACAGAGCCUGGCGUGGACGAGGCUGGCGAGGCAGAACAGAAGCAGCUGCAGAAGAGGUUUGGGGGCUUCACCGGGGCCCGGAAGUCGGCCCGGAAGCUGGCCAACCAGAAGCGGUUCAGUGAGUUCAUGAGGCAGUACCUGGUCCUGAGCAUGCAGUCCAGCCAGCGUCGGCGCACCCUGCACCAGAAUGGCGUCCAGGUGAUCCCCAAAAGAGCAUGUGUCCAGCCCCAGACCUGCCGGCUGGGAAUCAGGAUUCCUUCAUCGCCCAGGCGCUGAGCACGCAGACCCACGGGCUUUGCCUCCAGCUCCUCCCGUCCGGCCGUCUCCCCUCCCCACGGCAUGUUUCACCACCGCCCGGCCCUCCCUGAUGCUCCAUCAGAGUGUAUUUUUGUAAUUCCUCCAGCUACAUUCUAAUGGCCCCAUCUUUCCUCCUCACCCACCUCUUGGCCUUCUAGGGCCGGGUGAGAGGAAUAUGGAAUCAAUUCUGGGGCUUUGACUCAUCACUGCCAUAACUUGUUUGUAAAAGAGCUGUUCUUUUUGACUGAUUGUUGGAAACAACUGUUUCUCCAUUAAACUUCUA